UUUUCUCCCAAGAAUACACCCGUUCAUUCAAAUGAAAAAGAAAAAAAAAAAGCUCUUACACUUACAAUAUUAAAAUAAACAUUUUUGAAGACGAAGAACUGUGAAGUAACUAAACUAAUGGAUGAUGAAUGAAAUGCGAAGAUGAUAAAUUCUCGACAUGGAACAAGCAAGUUUGGUUGUUUUGGUAAAUCAUGGAACAAUGUUCAUUCUUCCUCUCAUUCCCUCUCAUCAUCGUCAUCAUCAUCAACAUUUCACAGUUCAGUCACAGCCACAGAUCACAAAGUACUCCACCGAGUUCUCCAAAGUUGCAGAGGUUCUAUGGAUUUAAAAACUGCCACCAAAACCCAUUCGAGAGUUGUUGUACUGGGCCUUGCCACUUACCCUUCUCUUGUGUCAUCUCUCAUAUCAACCUAUGCUCGUUGCCACCAACCCCAGAUUGGUCUUCGCGUUUUCUCCAAGGUUUUAGACCUCUUCAGCAGGAAUCUGGUGAUUGACUGUUUGAUGAAAGGGGGGCAAUGUGAUGUUGCCAAGAAGGUGUUUGGAAAAAUGCCUGUGAGAGAUGUGGUCACUUGGAACACCAUGCUUGGAGGUUACGUCAAAAACUCGCGCUUCCUGGAUGCGUUGAACCUUUUCCGGAGGAUGCUGAGUUCCAAGGUUGAGCCUGAUGGGUUCACCUUUGCUUCUGUGGUUACUGCAUGUGCACGCCUUGGGGCACUUUGCAAUGCCGAGUGGGUGCAUGGUUUAAUGGUUGAGAAGAGGGUUCAGCUGAAUUAUAUAUUGAGUGCUGCCUUGAUUGACAUGUAUGCUAAGUGUGGUAGGAUUGAUGUUUCAAGACAGGUUUUUGAGGAGGUUGUGCGUGAUCAUGUGUCGGUUUGGAAUGCCAUGAUUACUGGGUUGGCAAUUCACGGACUUGUAAUGGAUGUGACUCUGCUUUUUUCAAGGAUGGAGGUAGAGGGUGUUUUGCCAGAUUCUGUUACUUUUAUUGGGAUUCUGACUGCUUGUAGCCAUUGUGGAUUGGUUGAAGAAGGUCGCAAGUAUUUUGAUAUGAUGCAGAACCGUUUCAUGAUUGAGCCAGAGCUGGAGCAUUAUGGAACCAUGGUUGAUCUAUUGGGAAGAGCAGGGCUAAUGGAAGAGGCCUAUGCUCUGAUUAAGGUGAUGCCUAUGGACCCCGAUGUUGUUAUAUGGAGAGCACUUUUGAGUGCCUGUAGAAUACACAGAAAGAAAGAACUUGGUGAAGUUGCGAUUGCAAAUAUAUCUCGCCUAGAGAGUGGAGACUUUGUGCUGUUGUCAAAUAUGUAUUGCUCUUUAAAGAACUGGGAUGGUGCUGAGAGGGUGAGACAGAGGAUGAAAAUGGGAGGGAUUCGGAAAAAACGUGGUAGAAGUUGGAUUGAAUUAGGGGACAGCAUUCACACAUUCAAUGCAGCUAAUCAUUCACAUGAAGAAAUGAAAUCAAUAUACCUAGUGCUGGAAGGUUUGGUCCAAAGAGCCAAGUUGGAGGGAUUCACGCCCUUGACGGAUCUGGUUUUGAUGGACGUGUCUGAAGAGGAAAAGGAGGAAAAUUUAGCAUUUCACAGCGAGAAGUUGGCUUUGGCCUAUGGGGUCCUGAAAAGUAGCCCUGGAACCAAAAUCAGGAUUUCUAAAAACUUGAGAAUCUGUCUUGACUGUCACAACUGGAUUAAAAUUGUAUCAAAAAUAUUAAACAGAGAAAUCAUUGUAAGGGAUAGGAUUCGUUUUCACCAAUUCGAAGGUGGUGUAUGCUCUUGCAGAGACUACUGGUAGAGAGUUAAUUCUUGGUUGAAAGGUUGAGUGACCAAUAGCUUAUGCUGUUACUGAUUUAGAAGAAAGUCUCUAAGAUGUGUGAGAAAGAUGGACAUUAUACAUCUCUUUAGCAUACCUGUUAGCUUUGAAGAAAACCAUUUUGGACAUAAUUUUUGUGUCACAGUGAUUCUAAGUUGCUACUGAGUAAAUAUGACGGGCACAGUGAAUCAGGACACCAAAUAAAAGUUUUGGUAGUAAACUGGUUUAGAAGGUGGCAUAUAAUACUGGUGGUGGAAAUCCUCUUCUCCUUUUUGGUGUAGCUGCUCCUUCAUACCUUCUUCUGGAUUCCCAGUGAUAGCUGUCACUUUGUGUCCUUCUUGAUUCACUUCUCCUAACCUUACAAUGGAAUAUUACCAAUUACUAGAACAAGGAAUAAUAUUGAGAUUAGGUCAUUAUUCAUCAAUCUCUUAAGGAAACAUAAAACUUUUACUGCUCACGCUGGAUAUUGAGAUUUCUUGUAUUAUCAUGGUAUCAAGUGUUAGUGUUGCUUAAGCUGAUAAUUUUGAAGAAAUAAUUGUUUAUUUUUAUUACCUUCA